CGGGCACUGUCCAGGAAGAAAUUCUGGCGUAGGUAUAAGCGAUAGCAGCGUUUUGUGCGCAACCUAUUCUGCACAGUGUCUGGUCUAAACCCCGAAUUGUGAAGAUGGCAGACGACAGAGAUAAAGCUACUGACCAAAUGAAGACAUGGAAGGCGAAUCGAGGUUCUCAGAAACCAGAUGUGCUGACCACAGGCGGUGGCCAUCCAGUGGGAGACAAAUUGAACUUGCAGACUGCAGGACCAAGAGGACCGCUGCUGGUUCAAGAUGUUGUCUUCACAGAUGAGAUGGCCCACUUUGACCGUGAGCGAAUCCCAGAGAGAGUGGUCCAUGCCAAAGGGGCAGGGGCGUUUGGCUACUUUGAGGUCACUCAUGACAUCACUCGCUACUGCAAAGCCAAAGUGUUUGAGCAUGUCGGCAAGACUACACCAAUUGCUGUCCGCUUCUCCACUGUGGCUGGAGAGUCUGGGUCUGCAGACACUGUGCGUGACCCUCGAGGUUUUGCAGUCAAGUUUUACACUGAAGAUGGUAACUGGGACCUGACGGGCAACAAUACCCCAAUUUUCUUCAUCAGGGAUGCCAUGCUGUUCCCAUCCUUCAUCCAUUCCCAGAAGCGCAAUCCCCAAACCCACAUGAAAGACCCUGACAUGGUGUGGGACUUCUGGAGUUUGAGGCCCGAGAGUCUGCAUCAGGUGUCUUUCUUGUUCAGUGAUCGAGGUUUGCCUGAUGGCCACCGUCACAUGAAUGGCUACGGCUCUCACACCUUCAAACUGGUCAAUGCCGAUGGUGAACGUGUCUACUGCAAAUUCCACUAUAAGACUGAUCAAGGAAUAAAGAAUUUGACGGUGGAAGAGGCAGACCGCCUGGCAGCCACCAACCCAGAUUAUGGAAUUGCAGACCUGUUCAAUGCUAUUGCUAAUGGAAACUACCCAUCCUGGACCUUUUACAUCCAGGUCAUGACCUUUGAGCAGGCUGAGAAGUUCCGGUUCAACCCGUUUGAUCUUACAAAGGUUUGGUCACAUAAAGAAUACCCACUGAUCCCUGUGGGCAAACUGGUUCUGAACAGAAACCCAGUCAACUACUUUGCAGAGGUGGAGCAGCUGGCCUUUGACCCAAGCAACAUGCCACCAGGAAUCGAGCCCAGCCCUGACAAGAUGCUGCAGGGUCGCCUCUUCUCCUACCCAGACACGCAUCGUCACAGGUUGGGGGCAAACUACCUGCAGAUCCCUGUCAACUGCCCCUUCAGGGCUCGUGUGGCCAACUACCAGCGUGAUGGUCCGAUGUGCAUGUAUGACAACCAAGGUGGCGCUCCAAACUACUACCCUAACAGCUUCAGUGCCCCAGAGACCCAGCCUCAGUUUAUGGAGUCCAAGUUCCAAGUGUCUGCAGAUGUUGCUCGAUACAACAGCUCAGAUGAAGACAAUGUCACACAGGUUCGCACCUUCUACACUCAGGUCCUGAAUGAGGAGGAGCGACAGAGACUUUGCCAGAACAUGGCUGGGUCCCUGAAAGGAGCCCAGCUCUUCAUCCAGAAACGCAUGGUCGAGAAUUUGAAGGCUGUCCAUCCAGACUAUGGAAACAGAGUUGAGACUCUUCUCAAGAAGUACAAUGCGGAGGCCAAGAAGGACGCCACCUUGCAUGUUUACAGCCGUCCAGGAGCCGCUGCCCUCGCCGCAUCCUCUAAGAUGUGAUGCCUUAAAUUUCAAGCGAGCAAAUGCACUUGCAUCAUAACUGACCACUACUGAAAUAGAACAUUAGAUCCAUCAGGAAAGGCUCAAAAUACUAGUAAUCUGGCUUUUACUGUUGUGGCUAAUUGGUUUUUGAUUCAGUUUUUCCAAGCAAUUUAUUUCUCUAAAUUGUCAGCACUUGCAUUUUGCUGAAAAGUUGUGAGUUGUGAGCUGCACCACAACCAGGUUGCAGUAAAGUCACCAUGAUAAUAUUUCAGUGUUUUUAAGCUUUGAGUAGUUGCUGUUUGGUUAGACCACCUGAGUUUAACAGGCACUUAAGAGCAUUUCAUUUCAUUUUGAUUUAAUUGCAUUAAGCGUAUUAACCAAACCAGCCUCCAGUAAUUCCUCACGUUGUAUGCACUACUAAGCUAUGAUGCUUGAAAUUUUAAAAAAGCGUUGCAAGUUUGAAAGAAAUCUGCAUUAAGGAUGAUAUUUGGUAUCUGCUUUAAUGAUCAGUCUCAAUUUAAGCUGGUAAAACAUCUGGAUUUGUUAUGAACCACAGGUUUGCUGCUUUGCUUUUUUUCCCCAGUAUGAGCAAUGAUCUGUUGUGGGUUUGUCUGUUUGUCUUCUUUCCUCAUUUUUGACUGAACCACUGGUGAGUGUUAUCAUUGUGGGUAUGCGGUGAUGAGCAAGUUAAAAGAUGUAAUAUUAACUAAAACAGUCGUUUGUGCCUUUUUAUAUACAAAAACUACCACUAACAUGGAUUUAACCUUCAUCCUUAACAACCCAGGUUUGUUUCUGUUUAGUGUGGGGUUUAUUUGAUUCUUUUUGAUGUUUUUUUUUUUUGUGGGGGGUGGGGGGUCUAAUUGCUUUACCUUAAAGCUGUCUUUCAGCACAUCUUUACAUUGGUACAUAAGAAUUCUGACAUUCUUCAGUCAAGUGGGAAACUUAAUAAAAUAAAUCUGACCUUUAAGAGUAAUGCAGCUUCAAGCAUGAAAUGGUGAAAAGUAACUGUCUAAAUUAAAUCUCACUGUUCUGAAUUGUUUGAGUGAACUCUCUGUUGAUCUGAAUGUGACUGAUUUCUUUUAUUAAUGUCUGUACUGGAAAAUAUUUCACAUCUGUUCUGUGCUUACAUUAAUGGAUUUGUAAGUUCAUCAGUCUUC